AUGUUUUCUUCUUUACUUCCUUCUCCUUUACUUCCUUCUUUUUCUCUUCAAUGUCGUUUUAUCCCAACUCUUUCAUUUCGUAUUUCUCAGCCUGUAUUGACGUUUGUGUUAGUUUCUUUUUCAUAUCGCUUUUUACUGUUUUUUACUUGGCCUCAUUUUUUUUUUCUAUUUUUUCGAUUUGUUCGCUCAUUUUUUUUCUCGUUGCUAUUUUUCGUUAUCGCAUCCUUCAUUUUCCUUCUCCUCUUUCAAGCCAGUUUUUCUCCCUUCUCUCUUUAUUUCUUUUUAAAUUCAAUCUUCGUUUUCUUCUUCAGUUUUAUUUCACACUUUUCUCCUGUCAUUUCUUUCUCUUCGGCUUCAGUUUUAUUUUUCUCCAUUCUCACGAAAUUUCACUUAUUUUUUCUUCACUUUGUUCUUCAGCCUUAUUUUUCACUUUUCUUCUUCUUCUUCUUCUUCUUCUUCUUCUUCUUCUUCUUCUUCUGUAAUUUAAGGCUUUCUCGCGUUCACUUCUCUUAUCAACAUGUUUUAGUUCUUUUCUUCUUCUUCUUCUUCUUUUCUUCUUCUUUUUCUUCAUCUUCUCUAAACGUUUUGCAUUCUUUUCUUUUUCUUAAUCUUUCUUCUUCUUCUUCUUCUUCUCCUCUUCCUCCUCCUCCUUCUUCUUCUUCUUCUUCUUCUUCUUCUAUAUCUUCUUCUUUUUCUUCUUCUUUCACUUAA